CGCCUGUUGUGUGUGAGAGAUUUCAGCUCUUCCGACAGGUAGCUGUAGGCAGGAAGGCUGGGUGAACGAGUACACCCUCUAUUCAUUCUACAGCAACUAAAUAAAGACACUUUUUACAUUUUAAAAUUGUGCUAUAAUUACCUCUGUAUUAUUAUUACGCUGUGCGUUAACUCGGAGGUUAUCUUUAGCUAGCUAACCUUAUUACUGCUUGUCUAUAGCUGGUUAAAGCCGAAGUGAUAAGACCGUCCCACAGCUGGCUAAGUAGAGAUAUGGCUAGCUCUGUUAGCUUACAUUAGCUCAUUAGCUUCACAGCGUCGCCAGAUGCACGUCCGCUAGAACCGGCAGAUCGGCUCGCUUUUCUGUCCUCAGACCUUAAAGCUGAAUCUCUGUUACACUAAGUUGAGGAAGAGGAAGCUGCCGCUGUGACUCAUGUGCUAGUUAGGGUUGUCGGUUAGCUUCUGACUUUACGCAGUCGGGGUAAAGAUGGCUCGGCUCGGUCAUGGCAGGUUUUUGAAACGCUGAAGCUCGGGAAAAGGCUGGAGGAGGACGGAGUGACCGCGGGAGGCGAGAGGAGCCACGGCCGCCGCGGACAGCCGCUGAAAUGAGAUGAGGCUCAGAAAUGGAACUGUUGCCACUGCCCUCAUCUUCUUCACCUCUUUUCUCAGUCUGUCCUGGUACACCGCCUGGCAGAACGGAAAGGAGAAGUUGGUAGCAUAUCAGCGGGAGUUUCAUGCUCUGCGUGAGCGUCUGCGUGCGGCUGAACACCGAACCCUGCAGCGCUCCUCGGAGCUGAACACUGUCCUGGAACAGUUCCGACGUGCCAUUGCAGAGACCAACAGCAGCAAGGAUGCCCUCACCAACUUCUCAGAUGAGACCCAGAAACUGUUGAAGGACCUGGCACACAGGAAGCCUCUCCAAGUGCCAAAUAUCUUUCAUCACUUGCCACACCUGCUAAACAAUGAGGGCAGCCUGCACCCUGCAGUGCAGGUGGGCCAGGGACGCACAGGAGUUUCUGUGGUAAUGGGGAUUCCUACUGUGAAGCGGAAAGUGAAGUCGUACCUGGCAGAGACUUUGCAUUCACUCAUUGACAAACUCUCGCCUGAAGAGAAGCUUGACUGCGUAAUCAUAGUCUUCAUAGGGGAGACGGACAUGGAUCAUGUACAUCAUGUGGUCUCGGGCCUUGAGAAAGAAUUUUCUACAGAGCUGAAUUCAGGGCUGUUGGAGGUCAUCUCUCCCCCUGCAAGUUACUAUCCAGAACUCAGCAACCUCAAAGAGACCUUUGGGGACUCCAAAGAGAGAGUGAAAUGGAGGACAAAGCAGAACUUGGACUAUUCAUUCCUCAUGAUGUAUGCAGUCAGCAGAGGGGUUUAUUAUGUCCAGUUAGAAGAUGAUAUUGUUGCAAAGCCCAACUACUUUGCCACUAUGAAGAACUUUGCCCUGCAGCUGGCCUCUGAAGACUGGAUGAUCCUGGAGUUUUCCCAGCUAGGUUUCAUUGGUAAGAUGUUCCAGGCUCCUGAUCUGAAUCUCAUAGUGGAGUUCAUAUUUAUGUUCUACAAGGAGAAGCCUAUCGACUGGCUGUUGGACCACAUUCUCUGGGUGAAAGUUUGCAACCCUGAGAAAGAUGCUAAACACUGUGAGAGACAGAAGUCCAGUCUGCGGAUUCGCUUCAGACCAUCUUUAUUCCAGCAUGUGGGCCUGCACUCUUCGCUUGCAGGGAAAAUCCAGAAACUUACGGAUAAGGACUUCCUAAAGCCACUGCUGCAUAAGAUCCACGUUAAUCCACCAGCAGAAGUGUCCACUUCUCUUAAGGUAUAUCAGGGCCACACGCUGGAGAAGACCUACAUGGGAGAGGAUUUCUUCUGGGCCAUUACCCCCAUGUCAGGAGACUAUGUGCUCUUUAAGUUUGAUCGUCCAGUCAGCAUAGAACGGUUCCUGUUCCGCAGUGGAAAUCAGGAACACCCAGGGGAUAAAAUCGAGAACACCACGGUUGAAAUUCUGCCCUUCUCGGACACAGACCUGAAGACCAAAGAGAAGUACAAACACACAGAUGACCAUUUUUACAGAAUCGCUGAGUUUGAGAAUGGAGUGGCUGAGGGCAAAGUGGACGCUGCCUUUAACCCAGUGGCUGCUGUGCGUCUCACUGUCCUGAAGGACUCGGCGGUGUGGGCUAUUAUCAGUGAGAUCCACAUAAAGAGACUUGCUGGAUAGUUGCGUGUAGGCCUCCACCAUUCAUGCUCCCAUGAAGGCCAAGCUGUGCUGUAAAGGCCUUUGCAGGGAUUUUAACACAGUGACAUCCUCAGAGCGCAUGGACGCUACCAAUCAGAGUGUCACUUUAAGGAUUGCUGGCUUACUCUCUCUUCAUCCCUUUAUAUUUCUCUAUUCAUAUUUCUCCUGCUUUUUUCUUCAGGCAUUCUUUUUACUUUAGACUCUUCUUGCUUUUUCUUUUAAGGAUUACAUUUUUUUCAAGACACUUCCUUCGUGUUUUCUGUUCUCAGUGUGAAUACUACUGUAUAAAAGACGCUUUUUUGAAGGAACAAAACCAGACACUGAAGUUUGAGCCUUGAGGAAUUACAUUUAGUGCUUUAUUUAAAAAAAAAAGGUUGGUGUUUGUAGGAUUGUUGGCUGAUGCUGGAGAGAUGAUUCUUCCCACUGAAGGAAAAUAUUACAAAGACUGACUCCUCAUGAACACUCCAUGAAAGAGUAGGACUAAACAAGGCAUACAUGUUUUGGUGUAUUUUGUUUUACUUUAAUUUUUUAAUGUUGGUGUAUAUUUUACACAAAAUUAUCAGGAAAAAAAGAUAUUUUUUGUUUUAAAAAAAAAAAAAAAAGUUGAUAAUGAAGUUUCUCACUUCUUGAGUUUAACAGUACAGGGAUAGGGCACUCUGUUCAAACAUAUUUCAUUAUGUUCAAGAAACAGUUUGUUGCAAUGACUACUUUGCCAAAAUGCUUUUGAAAGAAAUUUGUAAAGAACAGAAACCAUAGUGCAGAACUCCUGUAUAACAGGAUGGUCUGCCUACCCUUUCCCCCACAAUGUCCUUUGAUAUUAAACCAAUCAAGAAUUGCCUUUCAUAGGAAGGGACAUACUUAUUUUGACGAUCUAUAAAGGUGAUUUAAAUUAUUUGAAAUAAAUGUUUAAUUUGUACAAGAGAGUUUUUUUUAUUUUUUAUGCUGUGAAAAGUUUAUGAUGCAGAAGACGUAAAUAAUUUGGUAAAUAUUUGAAGUAUAUAUAUGCUUUAAAAUGAUUGAAAGUGAGGAAUUGGGGUCAUGUCAGUUUUUUCUCUAUAUAGUUGCAAUGGGUGCAGGUCCCCCACGUUUGUGCCUUAUUGUCCAGAAAGGGACGGUCUCUCUGUGUCAGAAAACCUGUUUUAUACAGGAGUAAUGCGGGCAAGAAGUUCCCAGUUCGGUCCUUGAAAAUCCCACCUUUUUAUUCUUUUUCUGCAUACCUGGCCCUUGUGUAUGAUGGCUGCUUAUCUGUCACAGAUCUGUGGAGAACUGCAAUAGAACAAAGUUUAGAUUUACUGAGGAUUCAAAAGGACUAGAAUUGGAAGUUUUGUUACCCGCUGUUAUGUGCUUAGCACACAGUUCUGUACAUAGUCCAUAUGCUACAAUGACUAUCAAAUACAUGAUAUUUUGUUGUUACAUUUUUCUUUUCCAUUUUGGUUCACUGCCAUCUUGUCUGUUUAGAGCAGGGAAAUACAAAAACCAUAGAACUAUGAUUGAUUGGAACAUUUGAAUCUUUUUUGUAAUUCUUGUGAAAACUAUGUUAAUCCACUGUUGUGUAUGAACACUGGCUAAGGAUUUAAUGUAGUCAGAGUAGCAGCACAAUGCUUAUGAGCAUUUAAGUAGAAUGUAUCUGGAAAUGGUUCAGUCUGUUGAAUUCUAUGGUUUUUGACUUUUUGCUGGAAAAUGGCAGUGACUGCUCUCGUCUCAUUUGAUUGUAUAUAUCUUUUAGAAUUGUUGUAAUAAUAUGAUUUGAGCUAGAAGUCCUGUUAUUUACAGUCAUUUACUGUUAUGCACCAAUGAAAACAUGUAACCAGUAAAUGUGUUGAGCAUAUCAUAUUCACUUACAUAUCAUCUGCUUGGAGUAGAUUGAACAAGUGAAAUCUGCUGGAAAUGUGUCUAUGUAUAUAUUUGUUUACAUGUUUUUAAACAUUUGCUCCCACUUGGAUCUGCAAACAUAAAUUCCUAAAUGAGCACAUGUAACAGUGUACUCAGAGAAUGUGCCGUGUCUGAAAUACCCUCCAGUUCGUGUUGUUUGAGAACAAACUUGACUAGUGAAGGUACCAUAGCAUGAAUGGCAUCUAGCUAGACAGUUUAGGGUUCCUGCUGUUUUAUCCUACUUAAUGUCAGAAUUCUUGUACAUAGUUGCUUUUGUAUAGAAUGAGGAUUAAAUUCUCAGGAGGCUGAAUAUUAUCCUUUAAAACCUCUGCCAAUUAGUCUAAUGUUUUAACCUCCCCACAUUGGGAUAGAAAAAAAAAAAACAAAGAUUUCCCCUUGUUUGGUGCAUCCCAGCUUUUCAUGUGCCUUCAUAUGUGCAUUGUUUCAAGCUGAAAUUAAUUUAAAUGGAGAUUACAGAAAUAAACCUGACAUAAUUCAUAGUUUUCUGUUUUAACUUCUGUGCCUCUGCAUUAGUCAUUCUGUUUUACUCAUGGACACACAUUUCAGAUGCAUUUAAACUGCUGAGAAAACUGUGUCAUUGAAUCAGAUCCUGCUAUUAUUCUCGUUAUUACAGAGUAUUACAUGACAUAAAGAAACCCCUGUGUACCCCAACAUGUAGUACGUUUACAAGUUAAAUGUGUUCAUUCGUGUUUGGUCACUUUGUUGCAUGUUGGCUCUCGAUUUAUGUUGUUUUCAAAAUCAAAGCAACUCCACAUUGAUCAUGGUUAUAUCACUGCAAUUUGUCAAUGAUUAAAUUAUUGUAAUUAGUAAAGAACGCCAUACAUUA